AUGAUGGGAGAGAAAGAGCUAGAGCUGGAGACGUUGUUAAAGCCUCUAAUAACGAAGCUGCGAUCUGUGAGCCAGAAACGAAGUUGUGAGGCCCCCAACGAGGUGCCGACCGACCUUCAACACGCACUGGCGCUCAUUUCUAGCCGUACAGACGUCAUAAAAACCUCCAAGUCUAUCCAAUGCGUUGUGGAUCUCAUUUCAGAACUGGCAGUUGAUGCACUCGGAGACGAAACGAAAUUUCUGUGUCUCGAAUUCAUUAACAACUUGGUUGCCAUGGAUACCAUUUUGGUUGCCCAACUGGAAAACGCAAUGCCCGCUUUGUGUCUGAUAUUAGAGCAACAUAUUGAGAGUUUGGACCACCCACUUGUUAUUCCAUGUCUUCGGCUGCUUCAGCAGGUCGUCUAUCGGGCAAACCCAUUGGGUCGACUUGUGCCUCACACGAAGAAGUUUCUUGCGUUUCUAGUUGAAGGAAUACGCUGUCAGUCGAAAGACUCGCCGCUUAUUCCUUACAUGCUUGGAUGUCUGUCGGGUCUCGCUCGUCACCGUGUCAUCCAAUUGUGGCUAAAGGGAGAGCCGAAAACAAACGCUUUGUAUCGCGUUCUCAUCUCGUUUCUCUCGCAUUCAAAUUUGUCUGUCAUCGUCUACAGUCUGUCCGCACUCUUUUGUUUGUGUUUCGAUGAGUCGCUUGGCGAGCGGCUUUUCAGCAGGCAGAACGUCCACCAGACGUUUCAACUGAUGUUUGGCUUGUUGUUAAAAAGUCCCGGAUAUUUAGUGACCGAGCAUACCGUCGAUCUAUUUUUAGAUAUAUUACGUCACGACAGGAUACGUCAAUCGCUACCUUUGUACCCCCACUUGGAACAGUCAUUGUCAACUUUAAUCUGUUCAAUUAAUUCGUCAUUGGAUGAUCAAUUGGCAGCCAAACUACUGGAAUUGUUCAAUCAGUUGUUGACUAUUGAAUCGAUUUGUCACUUGGUUGUGGAGCUCGUUUUCUCACGUUGCCAUGAAGCUUAUCACGCUGUGUUACAGUGGGCAGCCGUCGGACGUAGCGAGACCAGCAAGCUACAACUACAUUCGAUGAAAUUCCUAAAACACGUAGCCGGAGAAGCAACGACGUCUCGUCUAGCAGAGACUCACACGUCAAACAUGACGUCUCUACUUACAGCUGCUGUUGCUAUGGUAACAGCAGGAGCCGAGAUCGGGAAUCUAUCAGAGUACGAUGCGUGUGUGAUGUCGGAGUCUCUGGCAGUGAUUUUGGUUUGUUGCCGAGACGAGAGACUGAAGGAGCGAAUCGUGGGAAGUGUGACGCCCGCGAUGUGUCAUGCUGUCUACACGACGAGUCUCGUGCACUCGCAACUUGAACGAUCGCGAUUUAGCUACAGCAACGUGGUCGUCCGAUGUCUGCAUCUCAUGAUUCAAUUGACACACCCAUCGAUGUCAGCCACUCUCAACUCGGCUCUUUUAGAAUCUCAUCUGACAUCCGUCCUCACACAAUCUCUAGUGAGCAGUGAUGGAGAUCAGGUUGCUUCCGUGCUUCAACUGUUGCCCACACUCCUACAAACCCCUCAUUUUCAAAUCGCACCGUUUGCUCUAAAAAUCGUUCAAACGAAUGCCGAAAAGCUCGUCACUCCUCCGUCUCUCCCUACACAAGAAUGCAGCGAUGCUCUUCAAUACAAAUCACUGCAGACAACACGACCGGAACUGCAGGAGAUUAUCGAUCAAAUGAAAGAGAGGAUGGACAUUAGGGACGCGAAAGCUAGCGAUAUCAUUGACGUGUAUGAACACAAGCUUGCGUCAGCACAGACGAGGGAACAUGAGCUGCAAUAUUUACUAGAAGCGAAGACGUUAGCUCUGAACCAAGCGGAUCGUGUGAUUGACCAAUAUCGAGCUCGAGAGACAAGCAGCGAAACCGAGAGACACAAGAUCACGUCUCUCAUUCAGAAGUCAGAACGAGGGCAAGAAAUGUUGCAACAACAGUUGGUGGAGAGCGAGAAGGCACGAGGUGACACAGAACGAGAAGUCGAGAGUCUCACACUGAAGGUGGAGAGUCUGGAGGACGUUAUGAAGCAACACCAACAGUUACUAGUCGCUCACGACGAAUUACAACAAAAGACUGAAAGCCUGCAAGGGACCCUGACUGCAAAGAAGGAGGAAAACCAGUCGCUCUCCGACAUGUUGGACACGAUGCGUCGCCACAACGAAAGUCUAAAGAAACAGCUGGACUGCAUGACGUCUCAAAUGCAGCAAGUAGAGAAGCAACGACAGCAACUGGAACGUGUUGUUAGCGAGAGGGACACUUCGAUUGUCAGUCUAAAACACUCGUUGAAGGAACAAGAAGCUACAAACAAACAACACAAGAAAGAGAGGAAGAAGAUGGAUGACGAACUACGAGGAUUUCAGAGUGAGGUUGACACGUUGAAGGCUGUGAGGAGUAGACACGAAGAAAUGAUACAGAAAUUGACAGAAACGAAGAUGAAACAGGAAGCAAAGAUCGACGAACAGAAGACAGAGUUGGAAAAGCAUGCGGACAUUGUAGCAAUGAUUCACAAUAUGACGUCAGUGAAGUCAUAGAGAGCGUGCAUAGUGGAUACGUAGGAGUGUAUUGUGUGUACAGUGUGUAGUGUAGAUUAAAUUUAAUGUGAGAAUGAUAUUGU